GAAGCCAGUUCCUGGCAGCUGGAAGGCAGUUCGGACAUAACUCCCUCCCCAGCCCCAGCCUGCCAUGGGCCUUCCUUUGCCCUGGCUCUCUCGCUGCUGCCGUCUCCUGCCUUCCCGGAUCAUGGUCCCUCAUAUUUCUCAUGGGGCCUACUCCCAAAGUCCUGGGACACCUACAGAGGAGCUAGUCACAGAAGAAACAACCAGGAAGACCCUGCCUCCAAACAGGGGUCCAGGCCACAGAAGAGCUGAGUUGGCCCAGGCAGAAGAGAUGCUUGAGCAGCAGUUAGAGCUGUACCAAGCCCUGCUGGAGGGGCAAGAAGGGGCAUGGGAAGCUCAGGCCCUUGUGCUCAAGAUCCAGAAGCUCAAGGAGCAAAUGAGGCGGCACCGAGAAAGCCUGGGAGGUGAUGCUUAAAGGGACCCUUCCUUCAAUGGCUAAACCCAGGCCAACAUUUCUAAGAACCCCUUUGGCACCCACCCGCCCGCCCACCCACCCACCACCUACCCCCAGGUCCUAUCCUGCUCCCUUCUUUCCUGGAGCAGAGAGACCACCAGAUUAGAAAUAGGAAUGCUCUCCUGAGGAGGGUUAAGAAUAGAAAGAAGUACUAAGGAGAAGCUAGUCUCUAGUAAGAUGAACUUCACAAUAAUCUUUUUCCAGUCCCCAGUGACCUCCAUUCCACCCCCAAAGCUGAAGAGGAAAAGAUACCACCCACUGCCACCCCUCAAAUAAAGGAACAAAACCCUCACAAA